AUGUCGGUACAGAAUUAUAGUGAGAAGGAAGAGAGUAAUAGUAAUCAGGAAAAGAUCGGAAGUGGAAAAGGAUGGCAGAUUAAGAAUAUUAUAUCGAUACUGAAAGAUAAUAAAAAUGAUUGGAUUCAGAGGAAGGAAUGAUUUAGAAGAAUAAGAGUAUACUGAUCUCAAGAUCCAACGACUAUCCAGGAAAAUAUUUUAAAUCUUUAUGAGCCGAUAAGUACUCAAAUUCAAGAAUUGAGGUCAGCUAUAGUCAAAGAAUGAUGAAAUACUAUUUUAAAAAUUUGUAAAUGUGUGCCCACAUAUACUCAUGACUCUAUAAACAAAGAGAUGGAAAUACUAAUAAAUAAGCUAAUGGAGCCAGAAUGUCUUCCAAAGCAGCUAAAUUCAGGCAACAAGACCAUCAGUAGCCUCAUAGAUGAAUGAAUCAGAAGAUUCUUAUCAACAAAUACCUGCACUAAAUUCAUCCCUUGCGUAUCCCAAAUCCUUCAAACGUACAAAAACCCUGCUGUACAUUGAAGAAUGUCUGAAUACUUGUGAAUCUAUCUCCAGACACAUCCUAAGUCAGUGAUUGAGGACAAUCUCAAGCUCACUAAUAUUGUACUCGAACUUCUACUAAACGAUUCGGAUAGCAAAACCAGGAAAAAUGCCAAGAAGGCAUUUGAGCUAUACAAGCUUGGUUACAAUCAAAAUGCUGAGAAGAUCUUUAACAGACUACCCUCCCAAAUAAUCUCAAGUAUAAACAAGAUGUCUUCAGUCAAGAGUAAGAAGAACAGGAGUAGGCCUGUACCUUCUGAGUUUUCAAAAUCUCAAACAAUAGCAUUGAGUAUCAGAACUUCUCCUAAAAGAAAAGCAAGAAGAGUUUCUUGUCGUAUAAUUCAGCCAAAGGAUGCUAUCUCAGGCGAGGAGAGUAGUUACUAUGCUAUGAAGAGGAUUCAGUGAAAUAACUCUCGUCCAGCCAGCAGAGGUAGGAUGAAAUCCCCACUUGUAAAUAAAUCAAGAGGUAAUAGGUACAAUAUCUUAAAUCUUUCCAAAACUUCUGGAAUAAGCAUCAAAAGUCCUAGCAGAGGGAAGGAAAAUAUUUUGCAAUGUACUCAGAAGAUUCUGUUCAGCUGUGGAGAUGAUAUUAGUACUGUCUCUAAGAGAGGUAGAGGCUUGCAAAGGGCUUCCUCACAAGCUAGAUUCUCUUUGAAGUCUCACAGUAGAUCCAGUAUAAGAAAUAGAUCCCUAAAACCAGCAGUGAGAUCUGAAAAUUUACAAGAAAAUUUCUCUUUGCUAGGCUAUCUCUCCUCCCUUGAGAGCAUCUCCAAAAGCAAAGUAUGGUCAGACCGAUACGAAGUAUGCUCAAACCUCAUAAAGACCAUAAAAUCCCAAUACACUCCCUCCAAUCCUAAUAACUCCUCCCUCCAAUCCAGCUCUAAAGCAUCAUCCAAACUCUUCCAAUCCCCCUCAAGUUUAGUACCAAAAGGCUCAAAAUCCAAUUCCAAACCCAUUCCCCAAUCUUCCAAACCUCUAAAACAAACAACAAACAAGAUAUGCACCAUUCUCCUCCCUCUCCUCUCAGACUCCCAUUCCAAAAUAAAACAAAAAUCCCAAAACACCACUUACAUCCUCCUUCUCAGCCUUGAAAAGCUCCAAAUUGACCGAAAUAGCUUAAUCUCUGCUCUAAAUUUAUCCAAACUGGUCAUGAAGAUCCUGAAUAAUCUUACUGACAAGAAGAAGGAAGUCCAGGAAUCAGCCCUCAGGCUUAUUGAUAAGCUAAGGAAAGUUUUUGAUAAGGACCUGCUUGUACUGACCAGUGUGGAUGUGUUGCCACAGAUGCCGCAUAGAGGAAGGAUAGCGACCUUUGAGUUCAUAGCGAGUAUGGUUAAGAAGACGAGGGUGCUAGGGAGGAAUAGGAAAGCGAUGAGUAAGGUGAUCAAGGCGUGAUUGGCGUAUCUUGAUAGGAAUGUGAAGGAUAAUAACUUUGUGGGACCGAUUCUGUCCAUUAUUUUAUGUAUGAGAGAUCUGAACCUUAGUGAGACAUUGAGGAUCUUGAGUAAUAGUAAUCUUGUACCGUCUGAGUAUGAAUCUCUUGUAAAAAUUUGUACUAAAUAUGCCCCAGAUCUUCUCCAAGAGAUGUCUAUGUUUAAGGCUCAAAAACAGACAAAGAUCCCGAAAACUACAGAUAGCCCUCUAAAAGCACAUAAAACUUGAAAGCCCUUCUAUUCUCCCCAAAACGAGAAAAAGAGCAUGAAAUCAAAUAAAAUCUUCAGCAAGACUCAAAAUCCGGAAAAUUUGGCAAUGCUAAAGAAUUUCUCUAAAAAUCCUACAUUGCUUCAACCAAAUUCUGAGCCAUUUACACUAAAGUUUACCCCUGAAGGAUACACAAGCAUCACACUUCUCAAUAGAGUGACUAAGCUAAAAUAGCAUUGCAAAGAGGCACAUCAAGUCUCAUUCCCAGCAAAGAGUAGAAAUCGAUUCAAAUUUGACCAGAAAUGUUAAACCCCAAAGCAACAACCUUCUUAUUGCUUCAAAGACAGUUAGCCAAGACUUUUCUAAUAAUUUCCCAAGGAAUAUAAUCUGUUCUGACAGUGAAAAAGAAUACAAUGCAAAGAAUAAAAAAGAAAUCAUGAAACAGAAGGCUAGUACUACUGCUAGUAUCAGAACUAUAGAUCUAAGUAGUAUGAAGAUGGCAAAUCAGGUAUAUACCUCCAAGCUGCCAAAGAUUGGGACUCACUCUACCUUCACAAGUAUAUCCCAUUCCUCUGAGGUGAAUUAUAAUUAAA